CCGUGGUUGAUUGCGAUCAUUCUGCAAUUCAUUGCCGGCAACCAUGGGCACGACCGCAUCGUCGCCGGGUCGGCGGAGGCAGGUCAUGGAGCUGCAGAGCGUCUUCACGAGCGAUGGCACCAAGCGCCGGGUCGUCGAGAAGGUCGCGCUCGAGAGCGAAGACGACGUCGUGCAUGUGGUCCGCCAUGCGCCGCGGUCGCCGAGUACGCUCUCGACCACGUCAACCGCGUCGUCGUGCGUGCAUGGCAGCAACGACGUGAGCGUCCACGACUUUGAAACUAUCAAGCUCAUUGGCGCUGGCUCCAUGGGCAAGGUCCUCCUCGUGCGCAAGAAGGCGACGGGCAGCCUCUAUGCCAUGAAGAUCGUGUCGAAAGCCGGCGUAAGCGCCGACCAGAUCUGGUCCGAGCGGGAUGUGCUCGGCGGCACCGCGCACAUGGGCCUUGUGCAUCUGCACUAUGCGUUCCAGUCCCAAACCAGUCUCUUCCUCGUCAUGGAGUACUGCCCCGGUGGUGAGCUCGCGACUCAGAUCCAAGCGUCGCCGUUUGGCCGCUUCGUCCAGCCGAUCGCCAUGUUCUACGCUGCCGAGAUCGUCUUGGCGCUCGAACACCUCCACCGCCACGGCAUUGCGUACCGCGACCUCAAGCCCGAGAACCUCUUGCUCAGCGCAGACGGCCACGUCAAGCUCGUCGACUUUGGCCUCGCCAAGUUUGGCAUCCUUGAGGCGACCCGGGGCACCAAGACCAUGUGUGGCAGCUUCGAGUACCUCGCGCCCGAGGUCUGGAAAGGCAACAACCGCAGCGGGUACGGCACGGCUGUCGACUGGUUCGCUCUCGGCAUCGUCCUCUACGAGAUGCUCACGGGCCUCCCGCCGUGGUACACGGACGAGCCGCCGACCUUCGAGCAGCUGCCGUCGAUCCGCGCCGCACCUCUUGCGUUCCCGUCGUACGUGUCGCCGUCGGCGCGUCACCUGAUCCGGAACCUGCUCGUGGCCGACCCGAGCCAGCGCCUUGGGUCGGGCCACGGCGCACACGACAUCAAGAGCCAUCCAUUCUUUGCAACCAUCGACUGGAUUGCGCUUAGCUACGGCGAGCUCACGGCGCCGCUCGACCCGUGCGAGGACCCCGCGUGCAUUGACGAAGCGCGCAACUUUGAAAAUGAGUUUACGAGCGUGCCCGUGGACCCGUGGGAGCACGAAGACGACGAUGACAACCAAGCAACGCAUCACUCCUUUGACCGCUUCCACGGCUUUAGCUUUGAGGGCCCGUCGCUCUUUUCUUCCUGAGUGUCGCUUCAGGCGCCAAUAUUUAUUCCAAGUUCUAAUGUACGAUCUUAUGAUCCGUCAAGA